AUGGAUUUAUUUAGAACUAGGUCAAUCACACAUGAGAGUCAGAAAAAGCAAGCUGCACAGUCGAAGAGAGAAGAAAACGGUGGCAAAGGAAUCGAAAAGAACGGCAAUAGUGAAUCUGUGGUAACUCCUGCUACGGAUGACUCGACUGUACUUUCAGUGCCUAUCAAAUCAAAUGAUGUCGAUAGUGCUUCAAACGUGGAAUACUCGGCAGACAUUAGACCCUUAACUUUCAAUGUCAGUAGAUCGAUGUUAACUAAAGAGGCAGGUCCUACGGCAGACGCUCACUUCCGGAAUUCAUUGUCGAAGGUUAAGGAGAAAUUGUCCAAGAAUCAUAAAACGUACAAUAAACCUGAUGCAAUGAUCAAAAGCCUUUUUGGCUCUAUAGACAGAGAGCAAUUUGAGGAUUAUCUUAGAGAGCCUCAUUACAUCAAGAUGCUGAAACGUGGUAAAAAUUUAAAACAAUUCAGGAGGCUAUUCCUGGCACAAGAGAUAGUUGUAAAUGAUAGUUCAUUCGGAGAAAAUAGUCCCAGGGUUCCAUCUUUAAACUCAGAGGCAGCACCCAAUGCUAUUUGGGUGACGCGGUUUAGUCAAGAUGGAAAUUAUAUGGCCUCUGGAGGGAAAGACGGCGUCUUACGGCUUUGGAAAGUCAUUGCAUCUCCUUUAGAAAGAUGGCAUUUAGAUUUUACAGAGGAGAACAUUCAGGCACUCAAAAAUAAAGCAAUAGUACUAAAGCAACAGGCAUCCCCGGGAAGUGCUGCAGCUCCCCUCCCGAAUUGUACAGGCAAAGACACUCAUAAAAAUGGGCAUAGCUUCAAAACUGGAAUUAGUAAUUUAUAUGCUCCAGUCUUCCAUCCCACCCCUUUUAGCGUAUUUAAGCACCAUACAGCUGAUAUUUUGGAUAUUAAUUGGUCGAAGAAUAAUUUUAUUGUAACAGCAUCUAUGGACAAAUCGGUAUGUCUUUGGCAUCCUGAGCGCGACCGCCCAUUGAAAAGCUUCAUGCACCCCGAUUUUGUCACAUGUGUGGCUUUCCAUCCAACUGAUGAUAGAUUUUUAAUCACUGGAUGUCUAGAUCACAAAUGUCGGCUCUGGUCAAUACUAGAUGAUGAGGUUAGCUUCGAAUUUGAUUGUCAGGACCUAAUAACUUCAAUAGCUGUCUCUAAAAAUGAUGCAGCCUAUACUUUUGUGGGUACGUUCAAUGGUUACGUCUACAUCUUGGCUACAAAGGGGCUUGAUUAUAUCAAAUCGUUUCACGUUACCGACAAGGAAACUCAAGAAGGAAGUUUUAGUGGUAACGCGAACAUCAAGAUGCAUCAUGGUCCUCGUGUAAUUUGUUUGGAGUCUUAUCGCGAUGCUGUUGAUAAAUCGCUUAGGCUUUUAGUUACAUCAAAUGAUUCGAGAAUACGAGUAUUCGAUGCAAAGACAAAAAAAUGUCUGGAAAUAAUGAAAGGCUUUCAAAGUGGGUCCUCUCAAACAAAUUCUCAAUUAACCAUGAUGGGAAAUAAAGCUAUUGUAACAUGCGGUAGUGAGGAUCAUUGGGUCUAUGCGUGGAAAAUUAGAGCACAAGCUAAAUCGUCUCAUGUGCAAGAAAAAGAGAACGAUCAGUCUAUUAAAAAGACAGGUCUCCGAGGUAUUUUUAGUCAUCAUAAGGACAAUGACAAUAAACAUUCAAAAAAUGAGCAACAUCAGCAGCGCCGCCACAGCAUAAGUCACAAUCCGCUGCACUUAAAAAGUUUUUUUCAGCAUGCUUCGGGUGGAUCAAAUGAUCAGAUUAUAAAAAAUAAUUACUCCAUUUCAUUUCAUGCGCAUCAUGCUCCUGUAACUACCGUCAAUAUUGCACCCCCAGUCACUACUAAAUUAUUAUCAUUGUCGAACGACCUCAUAUGUGAAUUAUCACUACAAUUCUAUCUGGAAUCUGACAACUUAGAUAUUGUUACUGAUCGCGCCGAAGAAAAAUCACUAGACAACGAAAGUGAUUCCGCAUCUGUGUCCACUUCCUCAUCAAACCCGAGUAUCUCGAAUCAUUCUUCCCUUCUUGAUUUGUAUAAAACUGAAGAGAAUGCCAAGUCUCAUGAACAAGCGUUGCCUAAUGUUGUUGACGCCAUUGGCACGAUAAUGGUAACAACGGAUUCUAUGGGUGUGAUAAGAGUAUUCAGAGCUGAUUUACCUGUUAACAUUCGGAAACGAGUUCUUGAAAAGCUCGAAGAAUAUCGAAUGUCUGAGACCAAUGGAAGGAAGUACGCAAGUUCUGAUUCCUUAAACACCCUCGGUCAAGGCAGUAUUUACAGUGCAAAUGUAGCCUCGGGAACGGGUAAUGCACAAUGCAAGAACAAUACGGGAGUCGUGGAAGAUGCAUUUUGUGCAGGUGUCGGUGCAUCAAAGCGUAUCAGAGCUAGUUCGGUCUUCAAAAAUUCACUUUUCAAUCAUUCAAAUGCGAGUCUUAGCUCUUUGAGAACCAAUAGAGGAAGCGCAUCUUCGUAUGCACCUGAAGAAGACACUGUUAAAAAAAGUCCACUCCACGGUGCGGGGGACACAAGAUUACGAUGUGAUGUAUGCAACGGUACCAAAUUUGGCACGACUCCGAUGUCCACUCAAACUUCUCGCGAUGCUGGAAACUACUGCUUGGACUGCGGAACUAUGCUUAACAAUUUCAGAUGA